AUGACAGUAACGGCGCAGAACACGUCCGUGAAGACGACCAAGGUCGCGAUCCCGCACCCUCAGGACGAGCGCUGCACGAUCGUGGGCACGCUCGAGCAGGUCGAGCCCGAGCGGCCUACGCAGGGGCGGAACAUCGCUUUGGUACGUCUGCACGCGCUGGGGACGCACAAAGACUACCUCUUCCAGAAGAAGCUCGCCCUCCGCCUCCCGUACGACUCCUUCCGCUUCGACUUCCGCGGAAACCACGAGACGCCGGGCGAGUGGCGGUUCGGCCACUUCGAGGAUGACCUGGCGGACCUCGACGCCAUCGUCGCCUACCUCGCGCGUGAAUAUGGGUACGUCGUCGACAUGCUCGUCGGCCACUCGCGCGGGAGCGUCGUCGCGAUGCUCUGGCUGUGCCGGCACCGCGACGGCCCGCUCACGCGCGCCGUGCGCCGCUUCGUGAACGUCUCGGGGCGGUACCGGAUGGAGAUCGAAGAGCGGAAGGAGGAGUUCGAGAAGCUCGGGUACAUAGAGCGCAGGGCCAUGGUCGCGCGCAAACCGUUCGUUGCCAGAAUAUACCAGACAGACUUUGACAAGUUCGCAGCGAUCGAUACCUCCGUGGUGUGGACGCAAUUUCCCCCUCACAUCGACGUUCUGUCGUUGCACGGGCUCAAGGACGCGGUCGUGCCUUCGUACGACGCAUUCAUCUAUUCACGUGCGUACGGAGCUCGCGUGCCCGGUACGCAUCUUCUCCGUUAUGUAGAGGACGCGGACCAUAAUUUCACUGGGAUGCCCGAAGAAGUCAUCGAAACGGUGUUAGAGUGGAUGGAGCUUCAGGAACAAGACAGGUUGUACUCUGGAGUAUGGAACACAGGUGUGAAGGGCAAGCUCUAA